AUGAGCCAAGUCGACGUGCAGCUCAAGGAUGUCACCAUCCUGGGCGCCAUCCCGAACGACGCCCGCAAGAUCCUCACCAAGGAGGCCUGUGCUUUCCUGGCCAUCCUGCACCGCACCUUCAACCCGACCCGCAAGGCCCUUCUGCAGCGUCGCAUCGACCGCCAGGCCGAGAUCGACAAGGGCAACCUGCCCGAUUUCCUCCCGGAGACCAAGCACAUCCGUGAAAACGAUGCCUGGAAGGGUGCGCCCCCGGCUCCCGGUCUCGUCGACCGUCGUGUCGAGAUCACCGGUCCCACCGACCGCAAGAUGGUUGUCAACGCUUUGAACUCGGACGUUGCUCCCACCUGGGAGAACAUGGUCAACGGUCAGGUCAACCUGUACGACGCCAUCCGGCGCCAGGUCGACUUCAAGCAGGGCAACAAGGAGUACAAGCUGCGGACGGACCGGGUGCUGCCCACGCUGAUUGCCCGUGCCCGUGGCUGGCACCUGGAUGAGAAGCACUUCACCGUCGACGGCGAGCCCAUCUCCGGCAGUCUGUUCGACUUUGGUCUGUACUUCUUCCACAACGCCAAGGAGCUCGUGGCCCGCGGCUUCGGCCCGUACUUCUACCUCCCCAAGAUGGAGAGCCACCUCGAGGCGCGUCUGUGGAACGACGUGUUCAACCUGGCCCAGGACUACAUCGGCAUGCCCCGCGGCACCAUCCGCGGUACCGUGCUCAUUGAGACCAUUACCGCCGCCUUUGAGAUGGACGAGAUCAUCUACGAACUGCGCGACCACAGCUCCGGCCUCAACUGCGGCCGCUGGGACUACAUCUUCUCGUUCAUCAAGAAGUUCCGCAAGCACCCCAACUUUGUGCUCCCCGACCGAUCGGAUGUCACCAUGACUGUGCCCUUCAUGGACGCUUACGUCAAGCUGCUGAUCAAGACCUGCCACCGUCGUGGUGUGCAUGCUAUGGGUGGUAUGGCCGCUCAGAUUCCCAUCAAGGACGACGCCGCCGCCAACGACAAGGCCAUGGAGAGCGUGCGCGCCGACAAGCUGCGUGAGGUGCGUGCCGGCCACGACGGCACCUGGGUUGCCCACCCGGCGCUCGCGGCGAUCGCCUCCGAGGUCUUCAACAAGUACAUGCCCACGCCCAACCAGCUGUUUGUGCGCCGCGAGGACGUGCACAUCACCGCCAACGACCUCCUCAACACCAACGUCCCGGGCAAGAUCACCGAGGAGGGCAUCCGCAAGAACCUCAACAUCGGUCUGUCGUACAUGGAGGGCUGGCUCCGGGGUGUGGGCUGCAUUCCCAUCAACUUCCUGAUGGAGGACGCUGCCACCGCCGAGGUGUCCCGCAGCCAGCUCUGGCAGUGGGUGCACCACGGAGUCACCUCGUCCGAGGGCAAGAAGAUCGACAAGGCGUACGCGCUGCGUCUGCUGAAGGAGCAGGCAGACAGCCUGACGGCCAAGGGCCCCAAGGGCAACAAGUUCCAGCUGGCGGCGCGGUACUUUGCGGGCCAGGUGACGGGCGAGGACUACGCGGACUUCCUGACCAGUCUGCUGUACAACGAGAUUUCGUCUGCGGGACAGGUGUCUAAGCUGUAG